GGGCGAAAUAGGGUUUAUAACCUCCCUUCUUGUUUUGCUCUCCUACUUACAAGGACUUCUCUUUUCUCUUUCCAACAUCAUAAAUAUUCAAUUCCUUCUUCCAAAAAUUGUCAUCUCGACAAUUAAUUGAAUAUCACUUUGAUUCAAGCCCACACGAAACAGAAAGCCUCUUCAUCAGAACAUCUCCUGAUGUCCCAAUAAGUCGAUCGAUUCCCCCAAUUCGAGAGAGCUCUAGAGCUUGAUUACGGCAUCACUUUGAUAUUCUACUAUCUGCGGUUCAUUCAUCAUGAGUAGCACAAGUUUACUCACCACCGUUAUCGGCUGGACUGUUGUCCUCGGUGCAGCAGGAUACUACUACGUCAACAACAAAUCCAAGGUCAAGGCUAAAGCUCAAACUGCCGUCAAACAAGCCACAAAGGUUGUUGAAGAGCGCAAGGAGCCAAAGUCCAAGAAGUCAAAGAAGGAUGCCUUGAGCAGUGGUGAACAAGAUAAAAAGUCAUCUGCCAAAGCUGAAAAGAAGAAAACUCCCGCUCCUCAAAAAACCGAACCCAAACAAGAAACUGUUAAGCCUGUCGCCAAUGAUUCCGAUGAUGACAACGAUGCGGAGAACAACCGUAAAUUCGCUCUUCAAUUCGCCAAAACUCAAGCUGGUACUCAAUUCUCUGGUAACUCCUCUUCAUCUACAAGUCGUCAAAAGUCUGUUAAACAAUCUCGUGCACAAGAAAAGGAGAUUAAGGACUCUGGAAACAUGACUGCCGGCGAUGCUGAUGACGAUCGAUCUCUCACUGAUUCUCCUGAAGUUGGCCCAACCAAGGGUGCUUCUCCUGUCGCAAGUGGUAUCGCUGAUAUGCUUGAACCUGCCGCUCCUGGUCCAUCCGUCUUGAAGGUUACUGAGCCUACCAACCCUAAGCCAGCCAAGAAAGAAAAGGCCAAGGCUGCUCCUCAACCUGCCGAAACCAAGAAGCAAAGACAAAACCGCGCCAAGAUUGAAGCUGCCAAGGUUGCGAGAGAGCAAGAGGAAAAGGAACGUAAGGUCAAGGAAGAAAAGCAACGUCGUACCGCCAGAGAAGCUGAAGGUAGAGCUGCUAAGGAUGGUAGUCAAUUCAUGGCCUCCCAAGCUGCUAACUCUGCUUGGACUGCCUCCUCUGCCAACACAUCAAACGCUCCCGUCAACAAAUACGAUUUACUCGACACCGCCGAAAACAAGACAGAUGAGAAGGUCAAGGUUGUUGUUCCAGCUGAAAACUUUUCCGAGAGCGAGGUUACUGGUACUCAAUGGCAAGGAUAUGGUGACGACGAUGAGCGUGUCAAGACCAUCAUUGAAGAUUCUCGUGAAUGGGAGCAAGUCUCCAGCAAGAAAAAGAGAGCAAAGAAGGACAAGAAGGAGAUUAUUGGUGCAGAGGGAGCUGGAACCACUAGUUCAACCGAUGAGAAAGAGUACACCAUUCCACCAAAGACUGAGAAAAGUCCUCCAGGACAAAAGUGGACAUCUGACCUCACUUAUGUCGACAGUGAUUAUAAUGUUCAUGAUGUUCAAAAAGACCUCCAGGAUUCUGAAUGGGUUGUUUCAUAAUCAUCAUGACUUCUCGACAUCAGUCUUCAUCUCAAGAUUAAACUUCUAGUCUUGAUUUUUAUCUGUCACCACCAAAUUCGAAUUUCCCAUUCUUGUAUUCUCAUGGCGUUUGAGCCUUCCUUCACAUGUACAUUGUGAUAUUCGGGGAGGAAAGGUUACUUUUGACUGCAUAGGAUCUCAAAUGACUUUUCUAAGAGUCUUUGCGUUGGUAUCACGGAUGGUGGGCAUAUUGCAUAGGAUGAUGCACACGCUUUGAUUGACGUUUUCGAAUUCUUUUAAUUUGAUUGGCGUCUAUGGUCAAACUUUAUCUGAUUCGUAUGACAACUGGAUGUCAGAACAAAAUUUCAAUUUGUUUACGUUUGCGGUUUUUUUUUUUAAUUUAUUUUCAAGAUCACGAUCAUGAUUAUAAACAAUGUACCAUCAAAUGACAUUCAUGUAUUUGACACGAUAGUUUUAUGAAGUUAACAAUUCAUAGACCAAAAAAUGAUCA